UGAAAACUUCACUUUGACAAUAUGAUUUCCCAAUGAAAUUCUCAGUUCCAAUGGACAUACACAUAAUAUCGAAAAUUGCUCGUUAAAAUGCCACCCGCGAAUCAAAAAGCUCCAGUGAAAAAAACCACGAAUAUUGCGAAAUGUUCGAAACCAUCGGAUCCUCUAGCUGUGUUAGAGAACGAAAUAGGAGAAGUCGCUGGUACUUGUAGAUCGUUUUUGAAAGAAAUCAAAGAAGGAAAAGGAAAGAGUCAAGCUAAUACCAAUGUUAAGUACACACAGAAGAAGGGAUACGAUUCUUUCGAGAAAGUUACAGAUGACAUAUCGAAAAUUUUGGAUACCCUCGAGUAUUUGAAUUCAGUCAAAGACAAAAACGACUCGUACUCUGACGUACUGCCAUCUCUAGAAAAAAAAUACCGAGAGCAAAUGAAACAGUACAAUGAAAUCAAAACUGCAAAAAAUCCACCCAAAACCUGUAAUCCGAAGAAGAAUAAUAUGAGUAUCAAGAAUGCUAACGUCAAGAAUCCUAACGUGAACAGUACCACGAAAUCUAGUUGUAGUACCAUGAAUAGUACUGUUAGUUCAAAAAAGUCUGACAAUGAAAAAAAUUUUAAAGAGAAAUCGAAAAGCACACCAAUUCAACUAGUGAAGAAUGAAAUUGCAUAUGGUGAGAAAACUAGAGAAAACAAAAAAUCUGUCGUUCCAGCAUCUCAAAAUUUUAAAACUUCAAUAACCGUUAAAAAUAUUCAGAACACCAAUGCUCUCACAAAACCUACUUCUAUCAAACCAGACUCAACUACAAUAGGAAAAAAACCCUCCCAGUUACGAAGUCUGAAAGCUGCUGGACCAACACCUGCAAAUAAAAGAAUCCUCCCUAUAUGUCCGAGCAAGAAGAGUAACAUGUCCAAUUCAGGAUCUACGAGACAACUGAUAGAACCACAACAAAUCAACCUGAAUCAGCAGCUCAUGAGCACUAAUCCUUUGUUAGCUUUGAAGCAGGAGGUCGAUAAGGCAAUUCAAGAACGGAAAACAUUCACGGUCAGGGGCAAUUUCAGGGGUAUAAGAAGGGCCUUAUUGAAUCGGGGAUGGGUCGAAAAAGUCCACUUGACCCAAAGGGAAUUGAUGAAUACAGAGCUGAGGAAAUUUUGCACUUACAGUAUUCCAGAGCUUCUGAACCUGGUGAGGAAUAAGGAAAUAGCGGACAUUUGCAGAAGACUGAUCAAAUCCAAAUUAUUGACAAGCCACCAAGUAGAUCUUUACUACAGUUCCAGCUACGAUGCCUACAAAGAAUGUCCUGAUAAAGUUAAACAGACUAUGAUCAACAGGAUACGCUGGAUUUCAUUCAGUUACACCAAUAAAGGAGGGCUGACUGAAGCUUCAAGAAAGUCGUUUUGGUAUCACAUACCGGGGGUAUCGAACUUAAAUCAUCCGCGGAGUUACAAGUUGACGAAGAACGGUGAUACGGAGGAGUUCGUGAAGGAUUUCAAUUUGACUGCGGCCAUGUCGAUGAUCAAGUGGGUGAAAAUGAACAGCGAGACACAACUUUGCAAGAUUUUGAGCACGUCCGGCAAAAUUCCUCUCCGGGUGUUCGAUUUUGCCAUAAAUGAAUGUUACAAGUUCAUAAAAAAAGCGAAACACGAAGAUAUCGACCAAGAGAUUCAGGAAGCGCUUUCUCACGAAUGGAACGACUUUUUGGAAUACUUUUAUAAGACUGUGCACACGGGCAAUCAUUUCAAGCAGGUCGAUGGCGUUUCCGAGAGUGAUUUGGUUAGGAAAGCGACUUUCAUUCUAGACAAACUCAAAGAACACUGGCCGUACCUGGAGAUGGACGGUCUGAUGAAUAUUUGGAUUUUAAAACCAAUGAACAGCAGUCAAGGGGUAGGAAUACAUAUGUGCAGAACGUUGAACUACGUUUUGCAAACGAUAAAAACGAAUGAGAAUAGGAGAUACAUCAUACAGAAAUAUAUAGAAAGACCAAUGUUGAUCUACAAUACGAAAUUCGAUAUAAGGCAAUGGUUCUUCAUCAGUACUUGCGUACCACUGACCAUUUGGAUGUAUAAGCAAUGUUAUCUGAGAUUCAGUUCACAAACUUAUAACUUGAGGAAAUUGCACGAGUCGAUCCAUCUGACCAAUAACUCUGUUCAAUCCAAGUAUAACAGAGUUACCAGCAAGGACAUCAGUUUACCAUCUUAUAAUAUGUGGGAUUCUAAUCAGUUCAAAAAUUAUUUGUCAGAUAUUGGUUAUCCUAAAGCCUUCGCUGAAAUAAUCUAUCCAGGAAUGAAGGAAAGUAUAACAGCUGCCGUUUUAAUGCAUCAGGACUCUAUAGACCGACGGGCAGCAUCUUUUGAGCUAUAUGGAGCUGAUUUUAUGGUGACAGAAGACUUCAAACCGUGGCUGCUGGAAAUAAAUUCGAAUCCAGCUUUACAGGCUUCCACACCAAUCACAGCCAGAAUGUGUCCAAAUGUCUUGGAGGAUGUGAUCAGAGUGCUUGUAGAUUACAAAAACGACAAGAAUGCGAGCACAGGAGGUUUCGAACUUUUGUACCGAGAACAACCAACACCCCGUAGAAGACCAGGGGAGCUGGAAGUGGCCGGCACUCCUCUGAAGCCGGAAUUUUUCAACGUUCCUUUGGAGUUACAAGAAAAAUCGAGUUUCCCACCAGAAUCCACCAAAAACAAGCCGAUGCAGCAAGUCACUUGUAUAAAAGAGUUAGGAAAGUCCAUAAGACAUACUUUGCAUAAUUUGCUGGAAUUGUUGAAACAGGAAAGGUUGAAAAGGUCCAGAAGAAAACACAUUGGUAUAGAAACUAUUUUAUCAUGUACCGAAAUUGUUACUGAAAGCGUUGAAACGAUAUUAUCAGAUACUAUGAUAAAAUAGAACAGAUAUUUACAAGCCUGUGUAGAAAUCAAUUUAUUAAAUUUAAUUAAACUUAUUACGUGUAAAAGAUCUUAUUUAGAAAAAUUGUACUCUCACUUACUCAAUUCGUAGACAUUCAUACCUAUGAUAAAUUAUGAUAAUCAUACUUUCACAUUCUCAUCACUAAGAGUAGCUAAAUGACGGGUUUCAAUGAAAAUGACAGCUUGGGCCUAGAGUUAUUUUUGCCUAAUAUUUUUUUCUGCUCUUCUUUUGUCCUCUUUUCUUGCUCUUUCCUCAAUCGCUGUCUUUCUUCAUCUAUUUUCCUCUGUUCCUCCACCAUGGCUAACCUUUCUUCAGC